AUGGGCGCCACACGCAUCACUGCCCGGGGCGCCGCAGCCACCGUGGUGUUCGCCCUGUUGGUGGCUGCAGCCGCCGCGAAGUGCACCGAGGCGCCGCUGGGCAAGACCAACUUUGCGGCAGUCCUCAACUCGGUGUCACGCAUUAACGUGACAGACCCCAAGAGGCCCACGAGGCCGGCGCUGCUCUACCAGAAGGCCUGCUUCCUUCUCAGCCAGACCGCCCCGUGCGACGCGGCGGGCAGUGCGUGCUGCAGCAGCGCGUCAGAGUACCUUAUCAAGUCCUUGACGAUUGAGACGGACCCUGCGUGCGCAAGCAAAACCAACAAGACGCCGUUCAAGACUGCGUUGUGGAACCUCAAUUCUGUUGGCAACUCUACGAAGACCCGCCUGGUGUCGUCCGCGUCCCACAAGGCCGCCACCAAGAAGCUGCCCCCGAGGUUUGUGGUCAACCUCAAGUCCAAGACUGUCAUCAGCAACAGCAACAACGAGCUCUGCGUGGACAUUCCUGACGUGGCAGCCAACCCGACCUGCAAGACGAUCGACAAGGUGUGCCCGGGCGGCAAGUGCAAGAUCUCCAUCACCCCGGCCAAGAUCAAGUCCACCAAGACGCAGUGCUGCGUCAGUGGGGAGGUGCCGCUCAACGAGUGCGGUGCUACCGGCAUAUCGUGCACCCCCAAGGCCCCCUGCAUCAGGGGCACCAAGUUGACCGCCGCAGACGUCACAUGCACCAAGAACGGCCAGCCGCUGCCCGCCUCGGCGGUCUCCACCCUGGGCACUGCCGUCUGCGCCGCCGGCGCCACCAACCUGACGGUCGUGGUCGCCAGCGCCGCGGAGUGCGCCUCCCCCGUGAUCGUGACAUUCCCCGAGUUUGUGCGCCCGGCGGUGAAGCUUGAGCUUAUCGGCCAGGCCACGAUUGCGCUUGCGGAGCAGGUGGUGUUUGAUGACGCCAACAAGCUGGUGUACGCCAUCGGCGGCGCAAAGGUCAACAUUCUCAGCGCGUCAGCGCUGGGCACCGCCGGCGCUCCCGCCACCCUGCCCUUGAAGGGCACCAUCGAUUUUGCUGUUCUGGACAAGCCGGCGGGCGGCACCCCAGAGGUCACGGACAUCGUCAUCUGCAACGGCAAGCUGGCUGUCAGCGUCAGCUACAAGACGUCGACCAACGCCCAGCUGCGCGGCCGCGCCUGGUUCUUCGCUGUCGGGGAGGCCCCCCUGUUGCUGGGCUUCACCACCCUCGGGUUCCUGCCCGACUCGCUGACGUGGAGCGCAGACUGCGGCACGCUGCUGGCGUCGAACGAGGCGGAGCCCAACAGCUACGGCCAGGCGACCUCGUUCGACCCCGAGGGGUCUGUCAGCGUCGUGGAUACCAAGUUUUUCGACACUGCGAGCGCAAGCCCCUGCAACGCACGCGUGUGCACUACUGUCAGGGAGGCGGUUUUCACGCAAUUCAACUCCCAGGCGGCCCAGCUGCGCGCCAAGGGAGUGCGCAUUUAUGGCCCCAACGCGACCGUCGCUCAGGAUCUGGAGCCCGAGUACUCGGUAUUUCUGCCAGGCACCAACUUCGCCGCCGUCGGGCUCCAGGUGCGUUGA